AAAAAAAAAAAAAAAAUAACAAUGAAUGAUGAGGAUUUAGAAAGAGCUGGAACUCGUUUAAAAAGACAAUUAAAAAAAUCAAAACAUUAUUCAUUCUAUCCUUCAACAUUAAUGAAUUAUGCAUCCAUCAAAAAUAGACAACACUCAAGAUUUAAACCAAGAUCCUUAAUACUUAUUGGCAUCAUUUUCAUUUUAAUAUUCCUCAUUUUUACUUUACCUAAUAAAUCUACUUCAAAGAAACAAACAAGAAUAGAAGACUUUGAACAAAUAAUUGACUUUAAUGACUCAACACAAUACACAGAUUAUACAUUUUUAAAUAGAAUUUUAUUAGAAAAAAAUAUAGACUUACAACGAUUGUCAACUCAUUCUAAUGCUAAUUUUGAUAAAAAUUCUUUUAUUCAUCAACUAUCAAAGCGUUUAAUAGUUGGACAUACAUUUGAUGAAUUACGCCGUUUAACGAAUAGUAUAUCACUACCAUUAGAUACAAAUAAACAGGUCUCAGUAACAGCUAUCAUUCAUGCUACAACCAUGACUCAAAUUUAUGUUCAAGUUCAAGCUAUAUUGACUCAAACAACUUUGCCAGAGCAUAUUUGGAUCAUUUGUCAUACAAAGGAAAAGGCUGAAAUAGAGGCACGUAUUAUGACUUUAGAUAGAAAAAGAGUAACAAUGAUAGCUCGAGAUGAUAUUGGUCAUGAAUAUCAAUGGUUACAAGCAACAAGUCAUAUAGCUACUGAAUAUGCUUGGAUUAUUGAUCAGGAUAUAGCACCAGGCAAAAGGUAUUUAGAAAACGCUUUGAAAUUAUCACAAACAGAACAGUAUCAAUCAGCUUUGUUGGGGACAGGGGGUGCGUUAUUGAAUCCCAAAUCAAAGGAUAAUGUGGAAUGUAUUCCAGAUUCACAACAUUUAGGUAAUCAACAAAGAAGUCAGGCAGUAGAUAUGAUAUUUGAUAAUUGGUUACUGCAUAGAACUUGGAUACCUUAUUUAUCACGAGCCAUUGAAAUUGAAGAAAAUAGGAAAUCAUUUAUGACCACAACGGAUGAGGAAGAUGCUGAUGAUAAGAAGAGUACAACACCCUUUAUGACAGGUUUAUUCAUUAGUAGAACAUUGUAUAUAGCAGCAGGUAUACCAUCUAUCUCACUUCCAACCGAUCCUGUUGAACGAGCUUAUUGGGGAGAUGUACGACUUCAAAGGACAGAAAAAUCCAGUACAUGUAGAUCACUUGAAAUAAUGAUAAAAAAUUAUAAUGUCAUGGAUGAAUUCUCACUGUUGCCUUCAAGCAUUAUUGAUUAUUAUAACAACUAUUACUAUCAAGAUAUGUUUUAUAGUCAAAGACAUUUAACAGUUGAAGCGUCUAAUCAUGAUGGAGACUCUUCUGUAUUAUUCUAUGUGAAUUCUAUAAAAGAGAUUGAACAACUAUCACCCAUCCUGUGCAAAUUUGAAGCUAGAGAUGAUGUUGAUUUACAUAUAGUGAUCAAUAGUAAUAUCAAAGAGAAUACAUACAAUGGAAUUAAAAGUACGCUCUCUUCUUUAUGUAACAUUGAUAGCAGAUUUCCUAUUCAUGCUAUAGUGCAUGACUUAAGUUUAUUACAGUGGAGCUCUACAUAUGAUUUACACUAUCGUUUAUCACGUGUCUUGGCAUUAAUCCAACCUAAGGCUAUGAUUUAUACAGUAGUUGACAAAGAACAGCAAAAACCAUUUAUUCAUUCUAUCAAAACAGCUUGUAAGAUAGCAGAUGUUACAGAUAUAUAUUUACCAGCAGAUGAUAUACCCCACGCUAUUUGGAUGACAGAUUUUCCAUUAGAUACCCUUUCAAAAUGGAAUUCAUUCACUAUAAAACUGAUGGUGACAAUAGAUAAAAACCCAAUUGCAUUAGCUCGAAUUUUAUCUUCAAUAGAGAAUGCUCAUUAUCUUGGAGAUCAAGUGGAUCUAACAAUUUUUAUGGAUCGAAAUGCGGGUCGAAUUAUACAAACAUUUAUAGAAAAUUUUCAUUGGAAGCAAGGGACAAAAAAGAUUCAACAUCGUAUUGCAGAAAAAUUACCUGAGGCUUCUAUUUUUGUUGAGUCAUGGUAUCCAUCAAGUAAUGAUGAAUAUGCGAUUAUCUUGAAUAAUAAGUUGGAAUUAUCCAAGUUUUAUUAUAUAUGGGCCAAAUAUGCUAUACUUCGUUAUCGUUAUUAUAAUGAAAGGACUGAGAAUGAGAAAUUAUUAUGUGGGAUCAGUUUAUAUUCACCUCGUAUUUUAGAGACAGAUCCUUCUGGUCCUCGGCUUUUUAAUCCAGGCAAAGUCUUGAUGGAAGCAGGUUAUCCAGGUAAAGACAGUGAAUCUUACCUAAUGCAAUAUGCAACCUAUAUGGGAGCGGUUUAUUUCCCUGAACAUUGGAGAGAAUUCCAUGAUUAUAUCACAGCUCGACUUGCUGAUACAUAUGGGUUUAAUAUGCAACAGAUGAUGAUUCCCGAUUUAAAAUCAAAUGAAUGGAUCAAAACAUGGAGACGUUAUUUUGAAGAAUUGAUGUAUUUAAGGUCUUAUCUGAUGCUUUAUCCUGCCUUUAGCCAAAGUUUAUCUACUUUCCAUCUUGAAUUGAAAAGGAAAGAGUUACAAGAACAAUUUCAAGAUGGUAUAUCACUUUACGAUGUAUCUUUAACCAAAUCAAUGACAGAUCUCUCAUUACCUAAUUUUGAUGAUCUAUCUAUCUUUGAUAUCUGGGGUCAACUUUCAAAUAUAGAAGAAUUAAAAGAGAGAGGACUCAAGCUGCACGGAGAGGUUUCGGCUUGUCUACCUGCAACGACAGAAGAAAUUGACCUUUAUCAUGAUCCUACUGAUUUAUUAUGUCCUUUUGCAAAGAUUGUUACUGUUCCCAUAGAACAUGAAAAUGAUCCAUUACCAGAACUACCAGUUCAAGAAGUUACGAUCUAUUUGUAGAGAAUUAAUAUGUGUAUAUAUGUAUAUGUAUACAUAUAGAGAGAGAGGUAUUAUAUGUAAAAGAGAAUAAUGAUAAUAAAUACACAAGAUAAUGAUAAAGAAAGAGGAUAAUAAUAUUGUUGCUGUUUUUUUCAUUAUAUAUAUAUAUAUGUCUCUCUCUCUCUCUCUCUGUAUGUGUGUGUGUGUGUAUGUGUGGUGAUUAAAACACCUUUAUUCUGAGGUAGAUUAUAAUAGCUCUGGACAAGUGUUUGUCAUCCUUUUUGCUUGGUGACAGCAAUGAUUUCGAUUCUU